CGCCGCCCGGCCCGCCCGCCAGGGUGCAGUAUCAGUCGCCAGCGCCAGCUCAUCUCUCCGUGCCCGCGCUCCCGCCAGUUCCGCACCAACCACGAGACGCGCAGCACGCCGACUCGAUCUCUCCCGAUUUCGCCGAAGAUCGCGGCGUCUUCAACCAACGUGACUCGCGCUCUGUGCUUUUAGAAAAUUGUGUUUCCGUCAACGAAAAUUCGAAAACUGUGUUUCCCUCGAUUUGUGAACUGUGCUUUCUUUGACCCAUGAAACUCACAGCCGGUGAUUUUGUUCGAUGAUAGUGUCGGCGAUCGGUUUCCGAUCCGAUUGUUAGUGAGAUUGUGUUGUGUCUGUGAUUGGAUUAUUCAGCAUGGUCGCCGGUGGCGGAGCCGUCACCUCUUCGGCGGGGUUCGCCGCUGUGCCGUGUGGAGGAGAUUCCACCCACUCGAGCCCUGUGACAGCCGCGGACACGACAGCCAUGUCCAAUGCCAGGAAGCCCAGCGAUACGCGCAGGAGUAAUAAACCGAUAAUGGAGAAACGGAGACGUGCUCGAAUCAAUAACUGUUUGAACGAGCUGAAGACUCUCAUUUUGGACGCAAUGAAAAAAGACCCGGCAAGACACUCGAAGCUGGAGAAGGCCGACAUCCUGGAGAUGACGGUGAAGCACCUGGAACAAAUGCAGCGGCAGCAAGUGGCGCUCUCCCUGGCGGCGGACCCGCUGGUCAUGAACAAGUUCCGCGCCGGGUUCAACGAGUGCGCCGGCGAGGUGGGUCGGUUCCCGGGGCUGGACCCCCCGGUCCGGCGCCGCCUCCUCCAGCACCUCGCCAACUGCCUCAACAGCACCCUCCUCGGCUCGACGAGCCCCGCUCAGGACGCGUCCAACGUCCAGCUCCACAUCCUCCCGACGACGCUCAAGGACGCCUCGCUCACCAUCAACCAGCCCACCAACCACCAGAACAGCGGCAUCUUCCUCAGCACCACCAACAGCGGGAGCCUCCAGCUCGUGCCCACGCGGCUCCCCAACGGCGACAUCGCGCUCAUCCUCCCCACGAAUUUCCCCAUCCCCCAGUCCAAGUCCUCCUCCCCCACGCCUUCCUCCACCUCCUCGUCGCCGCCUCCCCUCCUGCUCCCCAAACCCGCCCCCUCGGAGAGGAUACCCAAGGGCUACGAGGUGUCGUCGACCAACUACUUCGCCGACCCCGACCCGGAGCCCACCGACCACCUCAAGUUCGUCGAGAAGAGCAACCUCAAGUCCUCCCACCGAAUGUCGCCUUAUAAACUUGAGAAACCCCAGAGUAGUUCCCCAACGAAUCUAAGUCGGACCUCCCCUACGUCCUUCGACAGGCUGUCGGUGAACAUUCCUUCCUCGCAGACGCUGCCGUUCUCGAACGACGCGGCGACGUCGCCCGUGAGUCUCCAGUCGAACGGAAGCUACCCCAGCCCGCUGAGCCCGAGCGGGAGCAGCAGUUACGGCACCAUGUCCCCGACGAGGUGCUACAGUCCGCCUAGUCAUAAGCCCCUUAGUCUCGUCAUCAAGAGGGAGUCCAUAGAGAGCAUGGACGAGGACCAGCCCUGGAGGCCGUGGUGACUUGUCUCUUUAGUCUCUUAAUUUUACAAUUUUUUUUUUUUGAAAAUAAUUUCUUUUGACCUCAAACUUUAAUGUGUCUAGCGAAUCCAAAAUGUUAUCGAUUUGAUACGCGGUUUCUAGGACGGAUCGAGCGAUGCGAACCUAACACGUGAAUCAUAAUCAUACAAAAUGUUUACUAUCCUGUUCAAUUGACUGACUAUUUUGCUAAAAUAACAAUUGGUUCAGAUGGACUACAUUUUGCAAUUCGGAACUAUAAUUUCUGGUUUAUCUAUAAAAACACGCAUGUGCAUAAGGAAACUGAUGAUAGAUUCGUUGUUUCUAAACUGAGCCAGAAAUUAUGGUUCCUAAUUGCAAAAUGUAGUCUAAAUAAUUGUUUGAGUUACAUCCGAGGAUUAUUUGGAUUGCACUAUUCAGUAAGGAGCUAUUAUUUCUCCCUCAUCUUUAGAAGUACCCAUCUGCUCUAGGAAACUUAUCGCAGGUGUGUUGUUUCUAAAGUGAGCCAAUAAUGGUGGCUCCAUACUGCCAGAUUAAGUUCAUGCACGAAAGAAAUUUCUUUUGUGCUUUCCAUUGAUUUUUUGAACAUAGAUGUUGUGCUAUUAACUAAUCUGAUUCUCGUAUCAUAAUAUUAUUUUUUCUUUUGCAAUAAGAGUAUCGUUCAUUCAUUUUUUUUCGCAUUAUAUUGGCGUGUUAACCGCUUCAAUUACUGGAGGUUGCUGAAUUGUGCUAAAAAUUACCUCUCUUUUUUUUGUAUUUCUGUUGAAUAACAAUAUGAUUUGGGAACCGAUCCAGUUCUAGAAACCAGCGCUGUUAGUGCAAUUCCUACAGCAUACACUUUCUAUCUGGAAGAAGAUUCUUUCAGAAGCAAUAUAUUUUUCUCAAACUUUUUCAAACCGAGCAAUUCUAAGUUACGUCUUAAAACGAGUAAAUAGUGUAAAUACCUACGAUGUUAGAAUUUCUUUUCGAAUGGUGCUCUAAUGUGUCUUAUCUUCUGCAAUAAAUUGUACAAUUUAUGAUGGAAUUUCAAUGUUAUCAUCAUAUGGUAAAUAUUUGGUAUGUAAAGUGCUCUCAACGUGCCUUUGUUCACUCUAAUGACUCUGGUUAUGGAAAAGUAUUCUUGGCCAAAAUUCAUAGUUUGCCAGAAUGCUGCAUAGAUGAAAUACUUUGCUAUUUUAUUUGCAAGUAAUUAAUUCAAGUGGUCUGUAUUUACAGCUGAUACGGGAGUAUCCUCCUAUUAAUUUUUUUUUUCUGGGAAAAAUCCGUGUAAUUAAACAUGCUUUAGGUUCUUGUACCUAGUAAAAAUUAAAACUGCAAACUUUUUCAGUGAUAUGAUAUUAAACAGUUGAUAACUGGCAUUCAUUUAUUCAGUUUUUUUGUUUCCUUCGAAUUUAAGACUGUCUUGUAUAAUUUUUUGUUUUUUUCAAUAGAUUUUGAUUUAUGCUCUCUACCAUUUUGCCAUGUUCAUUUUGUUUUGACGAAUGCAAUAAAUUUUGUCUAUUCAUACAUAUUAUCUCCAUCUUGCAUAUGCCCAUUUCAAAAUAGAUACAGUUAAUUAAACAGACGAAAGUUUCCCUUUACAAAGUAAAAACGAAAAUUUCACCAAAAUUCUACUUUGCUAGUAAUUUCAAUUCAGUCUCUUGUCACUUACGUCUUCAUCGCUAAAGUUCUCUAUCAAAAUAAUUGUGAAGAUAAAUACCUAUACCUAUCCUCUGAUGUUUACAAAUCACGAAAACUCGCACUUUUAUUCCUCAUUCAAUACUCAAAACUUGUUUUUGAAGAUGGUCCGAAUAUUUAAUUAAAAUUAUCAAACUAAAACGAACCCUGUAAUUUAAAACAACUGUUGCGUAACUGUUUUUUCGCUGUGCGUUAAUUAUUUAUUUGUCAUGUUCCAUAUAGAACGACUUAUUCACACGUCUGAGUCUGUGUUAGUUGAGAGUGGGGCAGAAGAGUGAGUUAUUGUAGUAACGCCACUGAUGCUUGUUCGAUGAAACGGGUUUAACAUGUACCAUAACUAAGUAUUUAAUUUUGCAAUUUCAGUGUUUA